AUGGAUGCGAUUAACCUCUCUUUGAAAAAGAUCCACCUUAAACAAACUUAUGUCCACACAGAAUUAUUUGCCUCGCAAGUCCAGCUUCCUUCUGAUCUCUCCUCCAGUCAAUCUUUGUUCUUUAUGAUUCAGACAACCGCCAUUUUCCUUCUCCUUCCCAAUUCAGACACGCUUAUUCCUCUCUCUCUCUCUCGCUCUCUCUCUCUCUCUCUCUCUCUCUCUCUCUCUCUCUCUCUCUCUUACAAUUUUAAGACGACGAAUUUCUUCAUCUUUUCCUCUCUCUAUCUGUCUUUCCCUCUCUCUAUCUGUCUUUCCCUGUCCUUUUUUUGUUUCCAUCAAGGAUUUCCUUUUUCUCUUCUCUCUAUUUUUCUCAACAUCAAGCUGUCUAUCUUUAUUCUUUUUCCAUCAGAAAUGUUCUUUUCUUCUCUCAUGUUUAUCUCUCGAUCUUUCUCUCUUCUUUAUUUUCAAGGGUUUUCUUCCCUUCUCUCUGUUUCUGAUGUUCUUCUCUAUAUUUCUCUAUGUGUCUAUCUAUCUAUCCUUCUUUAUUUCAAUCGAAUUUUCUUCUUCUCUUCUCUCUAUUUCAGUCAUUCUCUCUCUCUUUCUCUCUCUCUCUCUCUCUCUUUCUCUCUCUCUCUAAUUUCUUUUUCCAUCAAGGAUUUUCUUCCUACUUCCCUCUUUUUCCCUCAAGAUGUAUUAGUCAUUAUGUAUUCUUUAUUUUUGUCAAGCAUUUUCAUCUUCCUCUUCUCUCUCUCUCUCUCUCUCUCUCUCUCUCUCUCUCUCUUUCAGUGUUCGUCUAUUUUCGUCUCUUCUCUUUUAAUAUCUAUCUAUCUAUCUAUCUAUCUAUCUAUCUAUCUAUCUAUCUUUUUUCUUUUCUUUUUUAACCUCAAUCAUUUUCUUCUUCUCUUCUCACAAUCUAUCUAUCUAUCUAUCUAUCUAUCUAUCUAUCUAUCUUUUUUCUUUUCUUUUUUAACCUCAAGCAUUUUCUUCUUCUCUUCUGAAGAGAUUUUUCCGGUUCUAUUUUAUUCAAUAAACAUAUUGCCAUCUUGGAAGGAAGAACAGCAAACCACCACUGCCCCCCAUCAUUUAAGAAAUAAGAACCACAAAACCACCACCUCAUUAUUAGGAAGGAAGAACAGCAAACCACCACCGCCCCCCAUCAUUCAAGAAGUAAGAACCACAAAACCACCACCUCUCCAAUUAUUAGGAAGGAAGAACAGCAAACCACCACCGCCCUCAUCAUUUAAAAAUAAGAACCACAAAACCACCUCUCCAAUUAUUAGGAAGGAAGAACAGCCACCACCGCCCCCAUCUAAGAACCACAAAACCACCUCUCCAAUUAUUAGGAAGGAAGAACAGCAAACCACCACCGCCCCCCAUCAUUUAAGAAUCUCUCUCUAUUCCUCUCUGUUAGCUCUCUCUUUUUUUUUGUUUUUGUCUCUUUCUUUCGAUCUCUUUUUCUUUCUCUCUUUCUCCACCUCACUAUUUCUUUUGUGUAACCUGUCACCUACUCUCUCUUUCAUCAAAACUCUUUCUUUCUUUCUUUCUUUCUUUCUUUCUUUCUUUCUUUCUUUCUAUCUAUCUAUCUAUCUAUCUAUCUAUCUAUCUAUCUUUAUCUAUUUUUCUUUCUUUUUUCUUUCUUUCUAA